ACUUAGCAAAUUCUUGCUUAUGCAUUGCUUCAACCAUACAAACACCUCGAUUACUUAGUUGUUCCGUGUGAGUUCUGUAAUUGCACAAUAUAUGUUAUUAAUUAAAAUAAAUUAUAUUCUAUCAUACAAUAAAUAAAUAAAUAAAAAUAGGUAUGUAUAUGUACCUUAUAAAAUCUUGUACCUCAUCACAGUUUUGUAGAACAUAAGAAGCUUCCGCCUUCCACAAGUCAGUAUUGAAGUCUCCCAUGUCGUCCUUCACACCGAUGGCACGACCGACAACCGGAAAAACUGAUAAUUCAUGAGCUGGUUGCGAUGACUAUGCAAAUUUAUCUACAUUUCUCUCCAUCCGAUUAAAUAUAGUAUCCAUUCCAGUUAAAUAUUGCGAGCAAAAUGUGACACAUUCGUCGAUAAUAUAAGCUUCGGCGAUUGAUCCCUCUGGACGUGCCUUGUUACGAACGUGACCUUUUAACUUCUUCAGAUACCUACAUUGUUUAAAAAAAAUGUAAAAUUAACUUCAUAAAGUUUCUAAAAUGAUAGUAUAUAUAAUCAAUUUAGUGUAAUUAUAUAUCAUACCUUUCAAUAGGAUACAUCUAGGGGUGAACAAACACACCCGUAAAUCGACCCACCCGUCCAACCCGACCCAACCCACCGGUAUUUAUCGCUAAAAUGAAGGUUUUGGGUAGUUAGGUGAGGGUUUUCUUUUGUACAAACCGCCUCUUUUGAGUUGGGUUUGGAUUUUGGAUUACACAACCUGUAGAACCUGACCCAACCCGUGAUCCAAUUAUUGGUAUGAGUUCGUAUCAAAUAAAAUAUUUAUGUCGUAUAUAGCCAUACUUAUGAGUUGGGUUUGGGGCAUGAUACUAUACCCUAACCCCUAAUGGGUGAACCCGAGUCCCCAAUUCACUAACCCAAAGCAUAAUAUUCAUUUAAUCUUGAAAUGAAAAUCAACGUUUCUGAUUUGUCAAAAUUAUUGUUGAUUUUCAUUUUAAGAUUAAACGAAUCUCAUGAUUUGAGUUAGAAAACUAGGGAUUGAGGUUUAUCCAUUAGUGGUUAAGGUAUAGUAUCAUGCCCAAAACUCCGGUUAAUUCAUGAUCUAAAUAGCAAAACGCAAACGGGCGUAUCAUACCAUAUGCAAACCAUUAACCCUAUUAGAUUUUUCUCACUAACCAACAAUUAAACCGUAUCAUACCCUUCUUCUCAAUAUUAUACUUUUAAUUUUUUUUCUACAAUUCAACUCAUCAUCACUCCAUCUUCUCUCACCUAAAAGGAACACAUCACUCUAUCUUCCCUCGUCUUCUCGCAUGCACUCUGCUUAAACCCCUACCCGAGUUCAAUUUUAUUCUCUUACCCAGAAAUUGAGACGGUUUCAAGUAUAUCUAUUUUUGUCGAUGAUGGAAGAUUGGGGGGCACGGAGGAGACGAUGAUGGUGCUUACGAUUGGUGCGGUGGUUGGAGAACUGGGGGGCGCAAAGGAGAUGUCACACCCGCCGCCGGUUGCUCCGAUGGGCCAGCGGUCUAAGCAGCGAUAAAGACGACGCAGCGGCAGCCCAAUCCUCUGGUGGGUCUGGGUUUUGGCGCUGAUGGCGUAUCGAGAGAGAAGAAUGGCGACAGGGAGGCGAUCUUUAGUCGCCGGAAUCUGGGUUCGUUUUCCUUUCUUUCAAUUUGAUUUGUAGAAGGAUUUCAAUUGAUAUGCCUAGCCUUUAAAAGGAUGCGCUCUGAUUUCUCCAAUUGCAAGUCUAAAUCAAACAUGAAUGCACCCACAAAUUAGCUUCGAACUCUCUGAGAUUGGGUAUGAGUCAAAAUUCCAUGUAAUUAUGAUUUGUUCUUUGCACAUUCAUGCACAAAUGCGGGUCUGUUCGAUAGGCUGAAUAUCCUUCACUUUGAUUUGGUGUCUAAAGGUCAAUUACUAUGUUAUGGUGCAAUUUUUGUGGACUAUUUUUGCCGUUGAUGCAUCAUUGGUUCAUUCAUGCUGAUAUUUCUGAAUCAACCAUUCAUGUAUGCAAUCUGUUCAUUCCCCAUGCUUUGUUAAUUGUUUUGUUUGAUGUCAUUAGGUCGUUUAAUUGAGUAUCAUUACCCAAUUCCCUGAACUAAUCCUUAAUUGCAAAAAAAAAAGUUUUAGGAGAUAAUACCAACGAGAUUUACUCAAAAAAAGAACCAAAAACCUCCUUGUAUCCUGAUGCCUCUUCGUUUGCCGGUGGAUUGUUUAUACUCGUUUCCCACCACAAUAACUACACAACCACUGCUCAUUAUUAAACCCUACUUUCUAUAAUCACGCUUCUGCAGAGGCAGAGGCAAAGAAACCCAAAAUACUAGUCCUUUCUUCUCUACCAUUGUCUUUCUUCUUUGUCAUUCUUCUCCCCCUAGUAACGAAAUCUGCUUUCACUAGAUGGCAAAGGAAAAUAAACGCCUCCGUUCUAAGAGUUAGAGGGAAGAUUCAACACCUCGUGACACUGAGCAGAGCAACUCUCCGCCUCUUGUUCCAGAGAUUCAGGAAGAAGGAAAAUAAGGCAGGAACACCAAUCAUGUUCCUGUUACUGAAACUCAGAGAACGAAGGAAAGGACCCCUGUUCCUCAAUUGGUAGAAGAACCAGAACAAGUUGAUUCCAAUGCUCAUCAUUCAGCUGCGGAUCUUUCGUCGGAGGGUGCAAGUUCGAAUGGUGAGCCUUCUUUUGUGGUUGUUUUUGUUUAGUUUGAUUUGCAAAGUAUUAGUAUUAGCUAACUUUUGUUAACUUGUGAUAGAUACGACCAAAAAAAGAAGGAAGAGGUCUAUGAAAGGGAGUCAAACCUAGGCACAACCUCUCCCUGGAAUUUCAUGACAACAAGUCAGUAAACCCUAUACGACACUACUACUGCCUGCUUAUUUAUUUAGGUUGUAAUCAAAAUCUGUUAGUCACUAAAUCAUUUUUCAUGCUUGGCAUGUGCCGGAUAAUCACCACUCAAGCAGGGCGCGAGAUUUCACCUAUAUUCAAAAGGAGCAUCAAUGGUCCUUGAAUUACAUUCUCAAAGUAUCCGACAUCAGAGCUGCAGACUUUGAUAGCUAGUUUCAAGAAGUCAGGAUUCACUUACAUUGUUUCAGAAGAGACGUUCAACGAAAUGGUCAAUCUGGAGGGAAAUGGUUCAGAAAUGGACUAACCCGAAUUGGGUGGUAAGUUCUUGUAUGCAAUAUUUUGUUCUUUCUUAGUAAUCUGAUUUGCAAAGUGAGCUUAAGGUUGGUUUAUUUCAUUGUGCAUGAAAUAAGUGAUAAGAACAAAGAGAAUCAGGAGAAGAGUGAGCCUGCAGCUAGGGGUGGAAAUCGGUACGGUAUUGGUAUCCCAAUACCAAAAUCCCGAAUACCGAAUUACACCCUAAAGUCAAUCUCAAUCCCAAUCCCUAAAUAAUUUUGAUAUCCCAAUCCCAAUCCCUAAAUAUUUCGGUAUCCCAAUCGGUACUUCGAUAUCCCAAUCGGUAUUAUCGAAUACGAAAUUAAUUACCUUUUCAAUGAAUAAUUAAAUAUAUAGAAAUUAGAUUUUAUUGUUUAAUUUAGGGAAAAAGACUAAGCAAAGAGUUUUAAAUUAGGCCAUUAUUAAGGAGAGUGGAGGAUAGGAGACAUCUCAAGUCUUGUCAUUGAUAAUCUUUAAUUUGACGAAUUGGAGGUUGAGAGAUGACUAUUAAUAGUGAUGGAAUGGUCUGUGUAUAAUUAAAUGACACUUUUGGUGGUUGAAGGUCAUGUAGUAGUACAUGAGAGUCUAGUUGAGAGGAUAAAAUACAAACUUAGCUUAUAUUUCGGUAUUGAUCGGUAUUUUGGUAUAUCCCGAUCCCAAUCCCGUAAUCCCUAAUACCGAAUAACAAUUGAAAUUCAAUCCCAAUCCCAAGAAAUAAUACGUGUAUUCGGUAAUACCAAAUAUAGACAAAUUCAGUACGGUAUUCGGUAUAUCCAAAUACCGGUACCAAACUUCCAGCCCUACCUGCAGCCACUGGCGGUUCAACACCUUUGUCCAAGUAUAGACAUGAGGAGGUAAGGUGUUGCACUUGUAAAUGUUUAUGUUAUGCUUCAAUUGUAAUCAUUUUAUAUGUUUUAAUGCAACAUUUUGGUGUUAAUUGUUUGGUAGAUAAAAAAAACUGGAAAAGAACCUGAUCCGAUCGAAAUGUUCAGACGUUUCCAUGUGAAAGAAGGACAAAAAUUGGGUUAGCUCAAAGGCAAAAGACCUGCAUGUAAGUUCAAUAUUGUUGGCUGCUUUUUGCAACAGUACCUGCUGUCUUUUGUAUAUUGAUGUUAGUUGUAUUAACCAAAUCAUUAGGUUGCUACUUUUACUAGUUUCUGCUGUCUUUUUUUAAUUAUAUUAAUUUUAUUUACCAUAUGAUUAGGAUGGUAUGAUAGAAGCAGAGGCUGCAAAAGUAUUCCAAGGGGAAGAACCAAACAUAUUUGCCAUCUAUCAAGAAGUGAUAAGACCACAACGCCCAAGCGUGUUCUAGGAUGGGCCAUGAGGUGAGCUCGGUUGAUGUCUUCGGUCCCCCAUCGAGUCAGGGUUGCAGCAAGCGUUGUCAGGAGGAUCGAACCAAAGGAAGGGGGAAAUGAUGAGAAAAUGAAGAAGUUUGAGAAUGAGAUCGUAGAUGUGAGGAAUGCAGCCCCUCACAUCGUUGAAUCUAUGUUGCAGAGACUUGGAGUGCGGCUGCCAGAGUCAUUUGACAUGGAUAUCAACAGUGAAGCCAAUGGGGAACAUGGUCAAGUAGGCGAAACUCAGGAUAACGAUGAGUCCGACGACGAGUUUGACAAGGAGACUGCCGACGAGACUGCUGUUGCAUGAAUUUCUUUUAAUGCUAUCGUAGGAUUCUAAGUAUGGCUUGAACUUUGGGAUAUUUUGUGUCAUUUUCAGAGGAUAUUUAGACUUUCGAAUUUUUGAUGUUUGGUCGUAGCUAAUGGCUACUUGUAAGACAGUUAAUCUAUGUUAAUUUCAGAAUAUUAUCAUCUAUGCAUAACUUCGUUUGGAUGAAUUUUUUUGUGUGGUCAAUCACAAGAAGUGUAAUAGCGUCACAAAUGAAAUUUGGUCACGCUAUUUGCUACAAAUGUAUCCUCGUCAGUAGAUAUAAUUUCACUAUUGACGAUAAGUAAGCGUCAUUAGUAAAUAUAAUUUCUCCGACGACACAUUGGAAAAGCUUAUUUUUUACGAUAAAUAGUUGUCCUCAGUAAAUAUAAUAUCUCCAAUGACACGUUGGAAAAGUCCUUUUUUUAUGAUGAACUUUUGUCCUCGGAAAUAAUAAUUUCUCCAAAGAAAAUGCUACAUUAUUGACGCACAAAUGUAUGAACAACGUAUAAAAAAAUUGGCCUAAAAUUCUCGUCACAAAUAUUUAUUUUCGACGAAUUGUGGACGUUAGUAUAACUAGUAUUUUUGACGGCUAGUCAGAACUUCUAGUUUACUUACAAAAAUAAGUAAAUUUACCGUCGAAAAAAAAAUCCGUCAAAUUCAUCCUUCAUGAGUGAUUUCAUUUGUGAAGUCACUUAUUUUAUUACUAACAAAUUUAUGUCGUCGAUAAUAUUUUAUUUUGGACGACUGCCAUUAAUAUGUUAUUAGCGACGGGACAAUUUCUAACGAAGUUCAACGACUGUAUGUCGUCGAAAAAUAUCUUUUCCGACGCAAAUUUAUUAAUUUCGACAAAAAAUGUGUCGUCGGUAAUGACUGUCUUUUUUGUAGUGAUAAUAUGAUAGAGAGUCAUUAUCCCCAUGCAUUAAAAAAAAAAACAGUAAAAUAUAAACACUAUAAUGGACAAUUUAAACCAAGCCAUUAGGCUUAAAUAUAGCCACUAUUGUCAUGCACCAUGAUGCCCCUAAAGUGAACAUUAAAAAACCAAAGGAAUACUUACCUAGCUCUAAUUAUCGAUGGUAAGAAUGGAAGCCACCAAGAGAUUUUAUAAGAAAAACUCAAUUUGGAUUGCCCUUAGACCAAAAACCACAUUGACACCAAAGUAGGGAUGGCAAAUUACCCACCCAUGGGUAAUUAUACCCAAACCCAAGUAGACCCAUUGAUAAUGGGUUGGGUAUGGGUGAAGUGCAUAUGGAUUUGGGGGUUUAUAGAUGGGUUUGGGUUUGGGGCUUUCAUAAUCUAAAUGGGUAUGGGUUGGAUAUGGAUAUCCAUUUACUUGAGGGUGUUUUACCUACACAUGCAAAAAUUGGACCUAUUUGCAAAACUUGAAAAGUUUAGGUACCAAAAUGUAAGACCAAAAAAAUUUAGGUACCAAAACAUAAUUUUCCAUCGAUAUUUUGAGGACUUAUAUGCAAAAAAAUUAAAUUUAGGUACUAAAUAUGCAUGUCUAUU